ACACUAAUAAAGCCCCUUCUCUCUAGACAGACACACACAAUGUUUAAAGAUGUCUCUCUGCAUUUCCUUCAUUUUUUAAAUUUCAAAACUUCUCUGAAUUACUCUGUAUAUUCAUUAUUAUUGUUAUUAUUCCUAUUAUUUUAGUUUCUUACUUUGAAUGAACACAAAAUUUCUGCAACAAUUUGUUUUUCAGACAAAGAUAAAGAUAACAUUAAGCUCAGGAAGCUUUCUGUUUCAGUUUGGUUUUCUUUCUUGAAGCUCAUAUGUGAUGUCUUUAAUGGAGGACGGACCGCUUCCAAUUAGUCUCUCUUCUUCAGACUCUGAAGGGGAAGAUGGUGGGUCAAAGGGGAGGUCGACGGAGAAGGGCUGGGAAGGGAAGAUGGUGGGGGAAAAGUCGCCGUCGAUUAAUCUGGGUCUGGGGAUUGGUGCUAAUCCGGGGCAAAAUCACGUGAUCAAGCAUAAGAAGCAUGUUUUUACACCAGCUCAGCUGCAUGAGUUGCAGCAUCAGGCUUUAAUCUACAGGUUCAUGGCGGCGGGCAUCCCUGUUCCGCCGCAGCUCGUCUUUCCCAUUUGGAAAAGCGUUUCUGGUCCUUUUGUCGACGGUGAUGGUCGUAUGUAUAGGCAAUUCUCAAACUUUGUGGCAUUCAGUUCUCAGGGGGUUGAUGAUGGGAACAUGAUAGAACCAGAACCAGGGAGGUGUCGGAGAACUGAUGGGAAGAAAUGGAGGUGUAGUAGGAGUGUGGUUACUGAUCAGAAGUAUUGCGAGCGGCACAUGCAUAGGGGCCGCCAGCGUUCAAGAAAGCCUGUGGAACCUUCUCAAAUUGAAAAGCCUGAGGCAACUUCACCCAGUGAUUCAAAGAAGGAUCCGGAGAACAAGAAAACCCCUGUUUCCAACCCUGUGAACUUGCAACUGAUGAUUCCCACUCCUGGUAUUCCCAGUACUAGUUAUGGAGCUGCUUCCACCACUGCUACUGGAGGCAAAAGCAUAGUUGGCCAUGUAAACUCCAUUUCUACAAUGGCUACAACUCGAGUCAUAACCAAUACAAAUGUCACCACCACCAACACUGCAAACUUGAAUGAGAACAAAAAACGCCCUAACAAUAAUGCCAGAGGGGAAGAGAAGGUCUGUUUUAGAGACAGUAACAUUGUCAAAAGAAGCAGCAAAACAGGCAACAACAUCUCUACUGGCCAAUGGAUAUGUCUAGGAUCGGGCAUUUCCCCAACAAGUGUUCUACAAGGUAGCAUUUUCUCAAGCUGAAAGUACUUCUAGUGUUUUCUUCAUUGCUAGCUUGCUUAGUAUCAAUACCACUAUACCAGCAGUUUUAAGUAAUUAGUGUUGUGGUACUUCAUCAACUAUGCCUGGUUGAUCCUUUCAAUAGUACUAACAAGAAUGGGUUUUCUUACUGCUGCUGUUCGUAGUCCGAGGAAGCACUAGCUCCCUCACUUACAGAAAUGAAGUAGAACUUGAACCUGGGAGGUGCAGAAGAACAGAUGGAAAGAAAUGGCGGUGCAGCAGAGAAGUUGUUCCUGAUCAGAAAUAUUGUUUACGGCACAUGCACAGAGGUGUCAAGAAGGCUAUGGAAGCUCCCUCUUCUUCUGCUAAUGAUUCUCCACCGAGCAGAUUGACCACUCCCAAGAAAGAAGACUGUUUGGCACCCAGCACCAAUUUGUCAAUUGCAAUUUCAACUCCUCAACUCCCAAAAAAUGCCGAGAAAAGUAUGAGCAGCACAAGCAGUGACGCUACAAUCAGUGACACCACCAUCACUGCCUGAAGAAAAUAGAACCUUUUUGAGAAGACCUAAAUAACAUUCAUAAUGUACCAUCCUGUUGUGCUUUGCCAGGAUCCAAUGACCAAUUUUAGGAGCUUUUUUAACAUGUGAAAUCUUUUCAUGUAACGGAUAUAGAGGCUGGGUUGUUGAUAACUGUCGAUGAAGAGAAACAAGAAAGGAUUCCCCCCUUUUUUUAUGUUUUUUGUUUUUUGGGUUCGUUUGGAUGGGGAAGGCUGAUAUAUGGCCUUCUAGUAGGUAACCGAUGUUUCUCUUAUGUGAUGUUUCCACAGGUUCUUCUCUGUGUUACCUUUUUAUCUAAAGGGGCUACUUGGUUGAGAGGAACGGUUUUUAAAACUUUUGUAAGUUCUUUUUCUUAUAAGGUUGUUUAUGUAUUUUUACAUAUUAAUAUUAUAAUAAAAAAAAUAAAAGUAA